AUACAAACAACAAAAUCCACUAUCUCAAUCAGUCUGUGUGGUGUGGCUUUCUAAGGAGUAUGCUAUCAUAUCAGUUAGUAUUUUUGCUAACAGUUAUAUUCUGUUCCUCAAGCUGCAGCGAUGUAGAAGAGAAAAUUAAUUACUACAUGAAUGUAAUCGAAAAUGAGUUAGCAAACAUCAACAAGUUUGGAACUCCGAAGGAUUUCAGCGAGUACAGGCCUAAGGAUUCUAACCAGGAGCCUAUAGAUCAUGGAACGUACGACUUUAUUAUCAUUGGUUCAGGAUCUACUGGUUCGGUUGUUGCCAACAGACUGUCUGAAGUGAAUGACUGGAAGGUUCUGCUGUUAGACGCAGGAUCUCAUUCGAAUGAAUUCGUCGACAUACCAGGAUUUGCACAAAUAACAGUAUUUAGCCCUUAUGGAUGGCUUUAUAUUUCAGAGCCACAAUCUAAGGCCUGUUUAGGUACAAACGGAAAAGUCUGCCCACUGAUGAGAGGGAGAGGUAUAGGAGGCUCAACCUUGAUAAAUGCACUGGUUUAUAGUAGAUGCAACCCUCUGGACUACGACCUGUAUGCUGACAUAUCAGGAGAUCUUAGUUGGAAAUAUGAAAAUGUCCUCAAAUAUUUCCUCAAAUCAGAAAAUCUGAACACUACCUACCCUGAGGCACCAAUCAACAGACGUUAUCAUAAUACUGGUGGGCUGUGGAAUGUUGAACAAAAACCUACUGUAAGCGUUCUAACAAAAACAUUCUAUCAAGCCAAUAAGGAGUUAGGAUUUAAAGUUACUGAUUACAAUAGUCCCGAUGUAAUUGGAAUAUCUUCAUACCAAUACAACACCAAAGGUGGUCAUAGACAUGAUACCGGUACUUCCUUUGUACUAACAGCCAUUAACAGAAAUAAUUUGGAGGUACUUACACGAAGUUUUGCGUUUAAGAUUGAAAUAGAUGAAAACAAAAUAGCUAGAAGUGUACUAUUUACGAAGGAUGGCAUUGUAUACAGAGCGAGGGCUAACAAGGAAAUAAUACUAUCUGCAGGAGCACUAAAUUCUCCCCAAAUAUUAAUGCAUUCAGGGGUUGGACCAAAGAUAGAUUUGACGUCAUUAAACAUAUCUGUCAUCCAAGAUUUACCUGUAGGAAACAAUCUUCAAGACCAUCCAUAUCUAUUUGGCAUGCUUUUCACCCACAAUGCGUCCAUACCUGACGAACCACUCGCUAAAAAACUUGCAGACUUUCUUCAUGGCACCGGUACCCUAACCACGGGGUUUGCUACUCAAACUUUGGGAUUCUAUCACACACCACAACACAGCUCAGGGGUUCCAGACUUAGAGAUUGUUCUAGAAAGUGUUCCUAAAGCGGAGAUAAGCAAAAGGACUUGGUAUUGGUCGGAUAAGACAUACGAUGCAAUGUUCGGGAACAAUAGCAGAGUGAUGCAGUUUUUCGUGAGUUUGAUGCAUCCUACUUCAGCUGGCAGUGUGAAAUUGAGAAGCACCGACCCGUUUCAGUUUCCCAAAAUUGAUUUGAAUUUUCUGGUCAAUGACAAGGAUGUUGAAACGUUAUAUGAAGGUGUUCAAUUGGUGUUCAACUUCACAAACACUCAGGCUUUCAAAUUCAUCAACGCUAAAUUUGCAAGCAAUCCGCUGCCAGGCUGUGAACAUCUAGACUUCUUAUCCAAAGAAUACUGGUACUGCGCUAUAAGACACACCACACAGAGUGCGUUACAUCUCGUCGGAACAUGUUCAAUGGGGAAAAGCCCCAAAGAUGGCGCGGUAGUCGAUUCAAAGCUGCGCGUUUUUGGAGUGAGGCAUCUGAGAGUAGCAGAUGCGAGUGUUAUUCCGGCUGUCAUGUCAGGACACCCCAGUGCCCCAUGUGUUAUGGUUGGAGAGAAGGUUUCGGAUGAUAUAAAGAAAGAGUAUGGGGAGCUUUCGUAAAUAAUUGUAUAUUUCUGUAACGUUUGGUAUCUAUGUGAAAUAUAUGAUUUAUUAGUAAAAGCAUUAUGUAUUCAAGAAAAAACAUUCCAUGAUUGUCGAACAUUUUUUGGGAUAUAUUGGAAUACAAAACAGUGGGCAAACAAAAUUCUUGUUGCGUGAUCGAUGCACUAUAGUUUGCUAAGGGCUAUAGAAUCAAGAAAUUGUUUAUACAGGGUUACUGGUAAGGUAUGAUAGUGGACAUAAGAUGCAAGGAAGUUCACCCUAUAUGUAUGGUUGAAAACCAAUCAGUUUCGAGAUUUUUCGAAUUUUUCAAUCUUGAACAAUCAUAAAAGCUGUAAAGACUCUACACACAAUAAAAUUAGAACAAAACUAUGUCUAGCUCCGAAAAUUGCUGUUUUUUACAUUGACAGUACAAAUUGCUAGAAAAACUUGCCCGUAUAGUCAGGUUUCCAAAAGGUAUGACAGCAUUUAAUUCUUAUCAAAUAGUCAAUCAAACCGAUUUAGGCGCCUUUGACUAAUUGAAUAAUUCAUUUGGAUACGAGCCUCUUAGUUGUGAGUAUCUGUAUCACUUUCUAGCUCGUGCUUUUGUCACUUUUGUAGUAAAAGGGGCUCUCAAUGGUUUUGCUUCAUCCAAGAUGCGCAUAAAGGCAGUGGUCUAUAAUAAUAUAACAAACUCUCUGAAGUCUCAUAAUUCGCCGCGUUGUGUACUUUCGAUGUGUAACUUCCUAACAGCACCAAAGACGCAGAAAAUUCUGCGAGUGUGAGAGCAAUACUAAUAUUUUCAGUGUACUUACAAAAGUUAUAAAGACAAUAACGCCAUAUUCAAAUCACUGAAUAGUGCAGAAUUUUCUACGUCUGUGGAGCUGUUAAGGAGCUACGUAUCGAAAACAUGUGAAACAAACUUCAGUGCAUUUAUUAUAUUACAGCAAUAUCUCUAGAGCAUGGUUAAUACCGCAAAAACUGGGAGCUGCGAUUUACAACAAAGGUAACAAAAGCAGGAGUUAAAAAGCGAAUGCAGCUAUUCGCAACUCGUAGAGAGGCUCGUAUUGAACAUGAUUUUUGAAUAAUAAAUACAUUCAAUAAAAUAAUCGUUGAAGUCGCCGUUUUUCCAAAGGAUUAUUAUUUAACCUAAAUCAGUUUGAUUGUAUAUUUGAAAGUACUGGACGCUACCAUACUGAUCUUUUAUAUCUCUUUGGAAUGCUGACUAGACGGGCAGGUUUUUCUAGCAAUUUGGAUGCUCAAUGUAUUAGCUAUUUUUAGAGCUAGACACAAUUUUGUUGUUGUUGAACAUGGAAACUAUUUUUUAGAAUAAGUGUUAUUUGUGUAUAGUAUUUUUGCACCUUAUGUGAUUGAACCAGCUAAAUUUAAGUAAAAACAACGAAAAUCUAUUGAAUUUUCACAUAUUUCUUGCAUUUCUUAUUCUUCAGACUCAAAUGGCCAGGUUCGGGUAAUUGCUAAAAACACAAAACGAUGGUAAAACCUGGAAAAACACUGAUACAUAUAGGUAUAAUAUAUAGAAAUUUGCUGCAUUUUAUGUCCCUAUCACGGCCUGAGACUCAAUUAUUGAAACUGUAGUAUUACAUUUUCUUACAGCUUUUGACGUAUGGUUUGACGUUUGAAACUACAUCUAUUUUGGGCAAAAUAAUGUGUUUCUAAGUUCAUCAUAUCAUUAAACGUUUCAUCGACGGUGAGACUUUUUUUUCUCCCAAAAAUGACUCGGAACACAAGUAUGAUUUCAUUAGCAUUCAGGAAUUCAGUUUUGCGAAAGGUAAGAGAACCACGGCUACUUUCUUCCAGUUAUUCUAAUCACUUGUUUCCAAGAAUAAGAGUCCUGGAAGGUAUAUGGCGAAUAAUCAGUAACCCUGUAUGACUGGGGUAGAUCAACACUUUCCAUGAAUAUCAGACUAGAUAGAUAUAUGAAUUCUAAAUAUCUCAAGUGUUUUUGUAGUUACACUGUUGCA